CUCACAUCACUGACAAAUCUCAAAAUGGUUGUGCUUCACGUAAAACGCGGUGACGAGAGCCAAUUCCUACAUGAAACGAGCAUUGAUAGCUUAGUUGAUGAUGUGGUAAAGGAUAUAGUGGGUAUAUACAAUGGACGGCUGAAGGUGACACGCAUAUGCUAUGAGAUGGAAGAGCUGUCGAGUCACGGAACUUUCUUGCCUUUGGAGAUGCAGGGGUUGACUGAUGAACAGAUCAAGGAACUAAAACUAGAAGACCCGUGGGCGCAGCGCUGCGCCCCCGCUGGCUACGUGGAGGCGAAGGACGAGAUGGGGCGCCGCUGCGGUCGCGCCCCGCCGCCCAACUUGCAGGCGGUGCUGAAGAAAGCCGCAGACACGGCCAAAGAGUAUAUUAGUAAAAAGCAUGUAGACCUACGAAAAUGUAUGACGCAGAAGGAUGUAUGCAAAGCGCUUGACGAGUUGCGUGGGGCCACUAAGAUCGUCUUCCCUGCCGGUCUACCGCCUCAUGACCCAGUGCGUAUGGAGCUGGACAAUGUGGAGGACUUGGCGGGAACCCAGGCUGCUAAUGAGGUCAUCGACCCGGCGCGAGCCUGCCUCUGGGCCUGUGGGAAGAAGCUACUCAGUGGGAAUAAACUGAGCGACCAUUUAGGUAAGAAUGACAAAACCAAAGUCACGGUAAAACUGUGCACGAGCAGCGAAGGCGCGCCAGGCCGAGAACCGGUGCUCUCUGAAGAGGAGAGGAAACAGCUGAUGCUGCAGGCGUACAGGAAACAGGAGGAGUGGAAGAAGUUGGAGGAGGACGAUGAUGAUCACUACAUGAACUCCAAGUGGGCAGACGGACAGAACCUGAAGAGACAGUUCCACGGUCUGAAUAAUAUUUCUUGGAAACCAAUGCUUAAGAAGUGAAGUUCUAGUUAUAAAUUACGUGGAAAAAUGCUGAAGAAGUCAGUACAUUCAAAAAUGGUUAUAUCGAAGAUCUACUAAUUAGCUCCGUGUCUACCAAUGACGAAUAUAAUGCUUGUUUUACAACAAUAUAAUCACAAACUUUUUGCUCUAAUAUGUAUUUAAUAACUCAUAUCAAUGUGUCAGUCCCGUUUCAAUAUUAGGUAUUCAAUAAAGAGGAUAAAU